AUGGGUUUGAAAUCGAAACUGUUUAAGGCAAGUUUGGUGCUGAUGCUGAUAGCGAUCCUACCGGGACUGCCACCCAAAACGGUGUUCCCGUUUAAGCCGAUCAGCAUCGCACCGGUUCGACCACUUGCGGGUGUGUUGGCCCCAAACCAGUUGCUUAACGGUGCCGAACGUUUGCACGAGGGUGGCCUACAGCAACCGGAAGGUAUCGCUGUGCGUGGUAACGCUACGUACGUUACGGUUUACGGUGGCAAGAUACUGGAGCUAGGCGAUCAGGGUUCGGUGCGAACGGUGGCUAAGCUCGGUCCGGAGUGUGUGGGCACAUACUCGGAACGUGUCUGCGGACGACCGCUAGGGAUUGAUUUCGAUACCAAGGGAAAUAACCUCAUAGUGGCCGACCCGUACCUUGGCAUCUGGCAGGUGCACAUCAAGACGGGCGAAAAGAAGCUGCUCGUCGCGAAAGAUAAAGCCAUCAUCGAGGAUGGUACUGUGGUAGAGGGAUCGUCAAGCUCCUCGAAACGAUCGUCGAUCACCACCCGUCUACCGAAUAUUCCGAACGCGGUCGCAGUUGCACGCAACGGCGACUUUUACUGGUCCGACACCGCAUCCGACUUUAUCUUCGAGGAUGCCGUCCAAGCGCUGCUCUGCAAUCCUUCGGGCCGUCUGCUGCACUACUCGCGUGCCGAGGGUAAAAGUCGCGUACUGAUCGAUCAAGUUUACGGUGCAAACGGUGUUGUGCUGAGUCCGGACGAAAGCUUCGUACUGGUCGGUGAGCUCGGUGGCCAGCUGAUCCGUCGGUACUAUCUGAAGGGCACGAAAGCCGGCACACACGACGUGUUCAUCGAUGGACUGCCCGGUGCGGUAGACAAUCUGAACGGCGAUGCGACCGGAUUCUGGGUUGGACUGGUUAUCGCGGCAGAUGAAAGUAAUCCUUCGUUUAUUGCAAUGCUUGCACCGUUCCCGAACCUACGCCGUCUGUUGGUGCGUUUGUUCGUGCUGGUUGAGGCACCGUUCCGUCUGUGGUAUGAUAGUACCGGUAGUGACUUUGCCCUCUGGUUAACGCAUCACGUUGGACAUCUGGGUGGAUUGGUUGGACUGUUUCCCGAUCGUGGCACGGUACUGCGGAUGGAUUGGGAAGGCAAUAUUGUGUUCGCACUGCACAACGAUGACACGUCCAGUCACGUCAUCUCGCAGGCAGUUCCAAUAGGGAAGGAACAUCUACUACUGGGAUCACCGGUCAAUCAAUGGUUGGGACGGGUGAAGCUUACGCCAGAAACAUUGGCCACCCUUAAAGGACAGAAACCGGUUGUAACAACACAGCAAAAGAAGGUGACAACCGGCACUGAACCACCAAGGGAAGAACUGUAA